UACAGCUGUUGCUAAGCCACAUAUGGGCGGGAGCAUAAUGGUGAAACAGGUUUUGGAAGUCCAAGAAGUAUCUACUAUAUAAGUAAAUGGUUUCUAUUCGAUCUACACAUUUGAAUAUAAGCAAUAUUCAGUUGACGAUCGUUCAGAUUACAUUUAUACCGUAAGCUUUGAGAUAAAGAUGGUACGUUUAACAUUCGUAUUGUUGUUUGUUGUUGCUGUUGCUUUUGUUGUUGCUGAUGAGGAUGAAGACAAUUCCUGCACCGAACUUAAAGAUUGCCCUUGUGGAAGUAUUUGCAUUGACGGUGCAUGCACAGAGGGUUGCAUGUUGUACGACACAUUUAUGCCGGCGGGUUCCGAGUCAGAAGUUUACGGCAGAAAAUGUCAUUGUGGUGAAACUCCCGACGAGAAAGGAAUGUUGCUAGAGUGUGCUGAAAAUGUGGAAUUUGUAGGCGCUCCCGAAGGCGUUUCUGAAUGGGAGAACAACCCAGCUUGUGAAGUGACCACCGAGGAAGCCCCGGCUGAUGCAGCCACCGAAGCACCGGCCGUUUGAAUCAUGUUGACAUUCAUUUAACAUCAAGUUCACGACCGCUUGUCAUGUCGAAUUUCAUUUGCAUCACAUAAUUAUUAUGAAAUAA